AUGCCACAUCCUUUCAGCCUCAAAUCGAGCUACUCGUCAGGCGAAGAUACGGCAAUAUCACCCAAGACGGCAUAUCGCAUCCUUUUAGCCUCAAAUCGAGCUACUCGUCAGCCGGAUCUUCGGUCAAUCGCCACUUUGCGAGACAAGCUCGCAAAGAUGAAAGGGUGCGUUGCACAUCAUAAGACACUCGUUAGGAAGCGCAUGCACGCUGCAAAGUCUGUGCAGAACGAGGACCAAGUUGAACGAUUUGUGGAGGAGCCGCGUCAGUUCAACAAGCAGAAAUUUGACGAAUGUUGUCGUUGCAGGAAUUCAACUCUCGCCUGCUACGACGUGUCAACGCUGAGGUCACUUCUUUUUCAGUCUUCGCAGUUUUCCGGUGGUGUAGCAUCUAUGCCACGGCAACCGCGAGAAGGAGAGCCCUUUUACUGCGACUCCCAAGCCUCGAACCCCAAUGCCUGCUUCCGCGAUCAAGUAGACGAAGCGAAAGAGAGGGCCCGCAAAGGAGGUUCAAAUACCUCCCAAGUUACCUCGCUCUUACACUCCAUUGCUGGCAAAACCGACUCAUCCGCACCAGAACCACAGCAUCGCAACGGCAUGGAUCGCCCCAAACGUAAACCGUCCAAGCAGCAGUGCUAUACCGAAGAGGCUUCGAAGGACCGUGGCUGA